CUAUCUAUCAUGCAUCUAUCCGUCUAUCUAUUCUUGCCCUUUGCCACGGCAUCCGCCAUCUCCUGGUCCAACUGCAGUUCUUCGCUGACCCCACGACUGGAAUGUGCUUCUCUCUCCGUCCCCAUCAACUGGGAUGAUCUGUCAGGCCCUCGUACCACUAUCCGUCUGCAAAGACUGCCUGCUUCAAAUACCUCCUCGCGCAUCGGUCCGCUGUUCUACAACCCUGGAGGUCCUGGGGGUGUGGCGACCGAGUUCAUCAACGCCACGGCUCAGGGGUAUCAUCUGUUCAGCGACACGUUACUGCAGCAUUUUGAUCUUGUCGGCGUGGAUCCCCGUGGUGUCGGGACCAGUGACCCUAUACGCUGUGAUCCUAUUAUUGCCAACGAGCGGGUUACUUUCUUCCCUUCUACAGAGGCGGAAUUUGCCACUCUCGUCGAUUAUAACAGACGUCUGUCGGAGAGUUGUUCAAACCUGACCGGUCCUCUCUUCGAAUAUAUGGACACUGCCUCGGUUGCAAGAGAUAUGGAGGCCGUCCGGCAGGCUCUGGGCGGGGAACAGAUCUCCUGGUUUGGACAAUCUUACGGGUCACAGAUGGCCGUCGCCCAUGCCGAACUCUUUCCGGACACGAUUCGAGCUAUGGUGUUGGAUGGUAAUGUUGAUCAUUCACAGGCAGAAUCAUCGAACAUGUUGACGGAAUCAAGCACAUACGAGAGGGAAUUGGAGCGGUUUGCCAACUGGUGUGCUGUGAACGCUACCUGUGCUUUACAUGGUUCAGAUGUCUUGUCUGUAUUCGAUGAUUUAGUGAGAACUGCAGAUAUCACGCCUAUCCCUGCACCGGACUGUGUUGUCUCGGAAACCUGUCGGGUGAACGUCACUGGUGAAGAGUUGCGGUUUAAUGUUCAGGACUUCCUCACUUUCAAAGAGCCGAUCUCCAUAAUUGGAAACAUUGGCUGGGCUGGACUGGCCGAAGCCCUAAACCAAACCCUACACGGCGAUGCCUCGACGCUGUCUUCCUCCCUGUCGACGAGUGAGAUCGACGAUACCCGGUUCGCCGGACAAGCCGUGCUCUGCCAGGACUGGACACACUACACGGAUACAUCAUUCAUAGAUCUUGCCGACAAGCAGAUCAUGGGUAAGGCCAUUUCGCCUCACACGCAGGGCGCCUCGCAGACUUGGACCGAGGUGGGAUGUGUGGGAUGGACGGCUCCCGUGCGAAACCCCCCUCACUACGCGAGCAUCAAUGCCUCUAUCCCGACUCUGCUGGUGAAUGCCAUGUAUGAUCCAGAGACCUCGAUUGUCUGGGCGAAUGGGCUAAAGGCACAGAUUCCGGGUGCACUGCUUGCAACGCGAAAUGGGGAUGGUCAUACCUCAUACCUACUGUUUGGGGAGACCUCCAAGGCCACGGAUGAGUAUUUGGUCAGUUUGAGCAUCAGUCAGUUGAUGUUUAGCAGUUAGAGAGUAGGUAUUAAAUAUCUACUCAAUAUAUAUAAACAUAAUGAUUAUGUGAUACCUGAGGAAUCUCUUCGCGUGGUGUUUUGAAAAAGUCUAGAUACAGAGGGCUAAGCCGUUGUAUAUCUCAUAGAAAUCUAUCCAAGGCUUACUCGUAAUGCAGGUUAUAUGAUGAACCCAAAAUGAUGAAUGAAUUCUGUUGGCGGCGUCUAAAUGAAAAUAACCAGAUGAGGGACUGCUAAGAUAGAUCAACCUAUCUCAAUAAGUACUAGUAUUUGAAUAAGAAUUUAAUUAAGU